GCAAGCGCCGCGGCUCCUUUCCCGGUUCACAGCACAACAGCUUCAUUAGCUUCUAUAUGAAAAUGAAAAAUUGUGACUUAUUGUCGUAGGGCUUUCAUUUGUUCUUCUUCUCCUUCUCAGCUUCUUCUUUCUUUAAUUUGGGUAAUUUCAUUCGUCGAUCAUUGGGGAAUGGUCCGCGCUUUCUCCCCUGGUCGUGUUUACUUCAGCAUGGGAACUGCGGCGUCCAAAAGGAAAAACCUUAGGAGUGAUGCGAUAUCAUCCGUGGCCGCAAAAGUUCGCGCAGCCAGAGCGUUUGGAGAAUACGUGUCCAAUCCCAAUUCAGAACACCGCAACAGAGCAGAUCAGCUGUUAUCUGACACCAUCCCUGGCCAUAGCUGUGACUCUCCAGACAUCAGUCACUUGCAGAACAACAAUCUGCCACUUCAGAGCGACUCUUUGCCAAUAGCUAAAUCAAGCAAGACUGGUCAGUCCAAUUGUAGUGCCCAGAUACAAGCCCAACCUCAAUCCUACACAGUCAAAGCUCACGGACCUUCUAAACGUAGACUCUCUGCUGAGCGGAGCCUCUCCACAGAGAACCCACCAAGCACCAAAGACUCAGAGGGUUGUGUGACAGUGAAGCCAGCUAGGGUGUACACAAUCACAAAAGAGGUAGUGAUGACUCUGGGCCGAGGCAGUGAGGAAAGCCUGGAAUUGGAGGUGCUGAAGAGCAGCAAGGAAGAUCCACUUUCCCACACGCAAUGCCACAACUCGUCUUGCACUGACCAGAGAUCAUCUGCCCGUGGUAGCCAUUACCGUAGUAGUCAUCACCGCAGUAACCAUUACCAUGCCCACCAGAAUCAGGGAGGCCCUUUGUCAUCAUCUCAAUCACUGCAGAGCUCUGACAGUGCGAGUAACAUCCGAGACUGGGGCUUGAGGAAGGGAGGUUCAAAAGAUGACAGCACUCCAGAUUGUGCGACCUGCAUUCGUGCCCCAUGUCAAAGCCAGCGCUCCCUGGACCUGGAUACCUCACCACGGAAUGGGAGGAAGCACCUUAAGAAACUAGAGAGGAUGUACAGUGAGGAUAGAACAUCUACUGAUGACAAGGAAGAUAAUUCCAAUAGCUGGUUCCCAAAAGAAAACAUGUUGAGCUUUCAGACAGCAACUACCACCAUGCAAGCAAUAUCGGCUUUCCGGGGCAUUGCUGAGAAAAAGAGACGGAAAAGAGAGCAGGAUGCAGCCACCGUGAUCGAGAGAAACUUCCGCAAACAUCUUAGGAUGGUGGGAAGCCGAAGGAUGAAGGUCCAGACCUUUGCCGAUCGCAGAGCCAAGAGCUUCAGCCGCUCAUGGAGUGAUCCCACCCCUGUCAAGCCUGACUCACUGCAUGACUCCAGAGACAGUGGUGAUCUCCAGACCUCAUCGGGGACCCUCAAUGAAGGGUUGGAUGAGGAUGUUGACUGGGGGGAUGAAAGAGAAAUGGAGAGAGUAGCCUGUGAAGGAGAUGACUUUGUCCCACCUAAAAUCAUUCUGAUAUCCUCCAAGGUUCCAAAGGCUGAGUAUAUUCCAAACAUUAUUCGUAGGGAUGACCCUUCCAUCAUUCCAAUUCUUUAUGACCACGAGCACGCUACAUUUGACGACAUCCUUGAGGAGAUCAAGAAGAAGCUGACCGCCUACAGAAAAGGCUGCAAAAUUUGGAACAUGCUCAUUUUCUGCCAAGGAGGACCCGGUCAUCUGUAUCUACUGAAGAAUAAAGUGGCUACCUUCGCCAAAGUAGGAAAAGAGGAGGAUAUGAUCCAGUUCUGGCGGCAGCUGGGCAAGCUGAUGAGUAAGCUGAACCCUGAGCCCAACCUCAUCCAUAUCAUGGGCUGCUAUGUUCUCGGCAGUGCAAAUGGAGAAAAGUUGAUUCAGACUUUGAAGAGGCUGAUGAGACCAUCCUCUGUGGAAUUCAAGUCCCCUCUGGAACUGUCAGCACAGGGUAAAGAGAUGAUUGAGAUGUACUUUAACUUCCGCUUGUUUCGCCUCUGGAAAAGCCGCCAGCACUCGAAAAUGUUGGACUACGACGACCUGCUGUGAUGAUGAAGCUCCAUUUUCUGGCUUGUUGGUCAGUUGUCUCAUACCGGAGCCUAUGUGCUGUGACGGAGGCUGUGGACUGGCCCUCAGAGCAGCUCAGAGGUAGAGUCGGAGCAGCAGCACCAGCUCAGCUGGGAUUUAUUGCUCUCUCCUGAAGGGACAGAGGGGCCGAGUAGACUCAGCUUCCGUGGGUUACCCUCUCUCCUCUAUCCACUUACCCUUCCUGCUAAUCUUUCAGAGAAAGUAGAAUGAGAAAGACAAGUAAAUGGGUAAGAAGAAAAGGACUUUUCAUCUUAAGCCCAAUUGUGUCAGAACAUUCUAACUCUAGUUAGAUUUUCGACUGUGUGGAGAAAGCUUGAUCAUAGAGCGGCAGAAGAAAACGCAGUUCCUUCUUACUGAAGGUGAUUUUAUUUUCUCACCUUUAAAUAUCCUUUUUAAGGUGGAGGCUUGUUUCAUUUCUUUAAAUAAGCAAGUGCUUAUUGGAGCAUUGGAGAAUAGAAUUCCCGCAUCUCUCUGCUGUUAUUAAAAAUGAACUGAUAUUUAGUCUUAUUAAUAAAUUAAAUGUAACUCUUUUUUAAUGACUUGAUAACCUAUGUAUUUGAAUUUAGUACAGACUGUUGUAGUAACUCAGGAUAAAGCCAGUGUUUGAUAUUUUGACUUUGAUUCACUGCUCAUAUUGCAACAUUUGGUCCUGAGGCCUUCAUACAACACACACGUCAUGCAGGAUGGUCCAACUGUUAGAGUUGGUCAUUUUCUACAUUUUUAGACCCGUCUUGCCAGACAAGACAGUUGUAGUAGCGCUCUAUCUUGUGUAGCAUUACAAUAUUAUAUUCACCUGCUGCAACAGCACAAACUAUUUUUUCUGGAGCUGUUCAGCGGGUGAUUUUACAUGUGUUUAUAUUGCAUGCAAGUUGUCAACACAGUUCAUAAGCAAGUGGUAUAUUAGUAGAUCAUCACACUAAUACUUUUAACUAUCGGAUAGCAUAUGUGAGUUUCAGUAAUAUUUUUAUGAGUUUGAGAGUAGCCUCAAAGUGAGGAGAAUCUUCCUGGCUGUUAUUUACAACAUAUUUGUGAUUAAUAGCAAAUAUAACAAAUCUACCCUAAAGUUAAAAGUUUUGGAUUGCCAUUUUUAGAGGGAAGCACCAGCUUGUCUUGCGGAUAAACGCAUUGUCUUGUGCCGUCCAUAUUACACAUAGCAGAGGUGAAAGCCUAUUCAGCCAAAGUGAGAUGACUUGCAGUAAGUUCUUCAUGUUACACUUGGGCUUGUAGUCGACAUGAUCAAACAUGUUUUCUAACUGAAUAUUGUACAUUGUCUAGUGAAUCUGUUUUAUCCAGCAAUGCCUUGUGUACAGCUGAAAUAGUCGGUGUUAAAUGACCAACUACUACUUAUAGAAUAUUGUGAAAUCAAAGCUACUAGAUGGAUUUACUUAUAACAUACAAUAAGAAAAAGUGUGUAGCAUAGCGACUGAUGUUAUCAGGCAAUUGGUGCUGUGUCAACUACAGUGACUUUGAUGGUACAUUGCUCUAUCUCUUCUUGCUGAAUAUAGAUUAUUACUUUGUCUCUAUUCUACUCUUUUGAUUUGAUUGCAUUUUGUACCCGUGAGGGAAAGGAGGUCUGCACCUUUAUUUAGUCGAUGCACAUAUGCGGUAUGUAUGCACUCGAAUGGACGCUUAUGUUGGAUGACAAUGAAGAAAUGCAAAUGUCUGGUUUGAUUCCCUUUAAAGUGAAUGAAUGACAAUAUAAUAUGAUGCUGUAACAAAAACUUCUUUUUUAUGUUCCUCAACAUUGACACUGUCCACGAGAGUAUUUCUUUAAAACGUAAAUUGUGUAUUGAGUGUUGCAUAUUCUGAAAAUGUGUCAAUGAUUCUACUUUUGUGAAGUAUUGUUGUACUCCACUGGUUUGUGUAUUUAGAAAGACAAAAAAUCCACAAUAACUAUUUCAUUACAGGUAUUCAUUGUGUCAAAAAAGUGUGUUCCCACCAAGAUUUUUGUACAAAAAGGUACUAUUUUCUUUUAGGUCUCCAGAUAACUUGCUGAGAGUACCCAAUUUUUGUUUUUCUCCUACGCGACCAGUGUUGCCAGUGAUGAACGACGGCACAUUACUCCAAAUUAGGAACGGGUUCCUCAAAAUUGGCGGUCAUUUUAAGUAACUUGUAAUCUAAGGCACUACUGUUUCAUUAGUAGUCUAACUACAGUUCCUUUUAAAAAUAUUAACAGUUACUUGCUUACUUAGUUACUAAGUCAAGUUUUCUGUAAAGUAACUUUACUAUUUCAAGGUCACUUUGUCAACACUGUAUGCGACAACAAAAGUAUCAUUGCUCUUUUUAAGCCAGUUAUAUGCAUAUAGAUGACACAGGGACUAGAAAGACUUGCGCUCCUGGUCUUGGAAGUAACCUUGGUUCACACUGUUUGACUAUUUGAUGAUAAAACUUGUGUUGGAUCAGUUAUUAGAUUGACAUCCUGUUUCAAGGGAUGUAACAUUAGAGACACCACUCACAUUGGCAGUCAAAUGUUUAGCUAAAGGUUUUUAGUGAGCUUGUUUAAAUCAAGUAAUUAUGACCAAUUUUGUGUUAAUCUAUACAUUGAGUAAUGUCACAUGGUAAUGUUUCUGAACAAAAUGAUCCACUGCCUUGUAGUUUGGGGUAUACAUUUCGGGCAAAGCUGAAGGUGUUUGUUUUUUGUGUUGUUCGGUUUUUGCAUAUUGUUAUGUCAACACACACGCUUGUCUUGUCAGUCUUUAGUAAUAGAAAUAAUCUUUGCUUCGCUGUAAUGUGCAAACUAAACAAUUGUCAAUAUAUAUUCAUGUUAUUCCUUCUUGAUGAAAUGUGUGUUCACAAAGUCUAGAAUUAUUAUUCCAUAGCAAUACAUCGACUGAAGCCACGUAUAAUGAUUCCGUUAAUUAGCAUUUAAGAGUUAUGACAUUGUCCAAGACCAUUUUUCAUUUCUGAUGAACAGGAAAGAAAGAUUAAGAAUUGUCUUCAGUCAGCUUACUGAUGCCUUUAAAGUCAAGCCUCAGAGCCCAAUGCAACUAUCAGUGCAGCAUCCUGAAUUAUAUGAUCAAUAUAACCCUGCUGCUGCAGGUAUUGAUUAGUAAUAAUAAUAAUUCUGACAGAGAAAAGCCGAACAUCAUUUUAUACAAUUUCAUUAGAGGCCAGACAAAUCGGUUUGAUGAAAUUAUUUACCCAUUGGACAAAAUGCCAACAUGAAUUUGUGUUUCUUAAAUGUAUUUUGUGACUAUUCCUUAUUCAUCAUUUUAUGACGCAAGGGAACAUUAUUAACAUUGUUUAUGACCGUAUUUCGAGAAUAAUCUAAACCAUAAUAUACCCAACUACAGCAACUAACAACUGUAAAAUACUAUACAAUUAUGUAGAGUUAAAUAGAAUAUGGUGAACAUUUUUGUGAAUGCCUCUUUAAAUGUCUUCACACAUUCUUGUCUCAUUCUCAGCUAAAAUAUACACAUUCGCCUAAUUGGAAAAUUACUUUAACUCAAAAUUUGGCCAGGGUAUGAAUAAUUUGGGCUGUUGUACAUGACAGAAGUAACCAUCAAUAUAUAGAGUUAUUGAAAGAUGUGUCACAUCACGAUUAGAUACAUUUUAAGGAGAGGACCAAACGUAAUUCCAAAAUCGUGUAAACAAGACCCUGGCGAUCUUAUUGGAUGUCUCUUAGCAAAACAUGUGCAAAGUAAUGCAGAACUCAAUGUCCAUAGACUCAUAGGACAAGUGAAAAUAUAAAUCAAACUGCGCUUCACUUCGAUAGAUCCAUCUAAAGACUGACCUUUGAGCAUUUACACGGGAACACACAGAUCAAUCUAACACAAACAGAAAUGCCUGCUUGUAUGGGUUUAGCAUCACUGUCAUUGAAAAGCCAAUGAGUAGAGACAAUGUGUAGGGAGACGCAACAGCUAUUUCCAUUAUGUUUUCAUAAACUGUGAUUGAAGAUAGAAAAUUGGGUAGCUCACUUUUGAAUUCCUAUUUUGAUUGAAUAUAUGGUGUCUAUGUAUUGCAUCUGAACAUCUAGAAGAGCAAUAAUGCAUUGGUAAAUGUGCAUAGUUGGUGACUCCGUG